AUGCGGGUGUUGUUUUGGAAUAUCAAUGGAGUUGCACGUGAUGUAGCUCAAGAUAAACUAAAGGAGUUGAUUAGAGAUUUUAAACCUGAUGUUUUUGGUAUUGCUGAACCAAAAGUUCCCUGUUCUGCUGGGUUCAGAUAUGGUUUGCUUAGAGAAGGUUAUUCUUCUCAUGUUAUUAAUAAUGCUUCUUCUUCUGGUAUUGCUAAUAUUUGGGUUUGUUAUUCAAAUACUCUAAAUAUUUCAAUUGUCAAUGUCAGUAAGCAGGGAAUAACGGUUGAGGUGGAUGGUGUACAUGUUUCUUUUGUCCAUGCUAGCUAUAUUCAGGUUACUAGGAGGAGUCUUUGGCAGCAACUUGUUAGUUCUGGUGAUGGUAUUCCUUGGUUAGUCAUUGGGGAUUUUAACUGUAUUCUUCGUUUGGAUGAGAAGAAGGGUGGUCUUGAACCUAGAACCUCAGCUAUUAAUGAGUUUUCAGAUUGGUUGGAUGACAACAAUCUUUUUGAAGCUGAUGCCUUGGGAAAUAGUUGGAAUAUGCCUAUUUCUGGGUCUUUUGAUUUUAUUUUCACUCAAAAAUUAAAGAGACUUAAAGGAAUUAUCAAGGAAUGGAAUCUUCGUGUUUUUGGUAAUGUGCAUUCUAGGUUAAAGCAGGAUCAGUUGAGGUUUGAGGCAGCUGCUCUUCUUUCUGAUGAUAAUCCGGAUGACAUUACUAAGCUAAAUAUUAUGAAGGAUGCUAUGGCUAAACUUAAUGAUACUCGUGCUCAGUUGAAUACUAUGCUUAAGCAGAAAUCUAGAAAUAAGUGGCUUGUGGAGGGUUCAAGUAACACUAAUUUCUUUCAUAAUAGCAUUAGAAUUCGUAGAAGUCCUAACACUAUCUCUGAACUUGUUGACAGUGCAGGCAAUACUAUUUCUGAUUAUGAGCUGCUUAGAAAUCAUGUUGUGCACUAUUAUGAGGACAAGUUUAAUGGGCCGGAGAUGGAGAUUGAUCCUAUUUUAUUUGACUAUGGUCAUAUUAGCAUCUCGGAGGAGGAAAGUUUAGCCAUGGACAAAUUCCAUCUUCUGAGGAGAUUAAACAAGCAGUUUUUGAUCUAG